AUGUUAUCGAGGCACUAUGGUACCUUCCAUUUCACUUGCCUUGAGAUGAGGAAUUCAGAACAUCCAGCUUAUGCUAAGUCUGGCCCUCAAGAGCUAGUUCAACAGGUUUUGAGUGUUGGCUGGAAAGAGAACAUUGAUGUAGCAGGUGAGAAUGCACUUGCAAGAUAUGACGGCUAUGCCUACAACCAAAUCCUUCUCAACGCUAGACCAAAUGGUAUCAACAAAAAUGGUCCACCAAAACUAAAAAUGGCUGGGCUGACUUACCUUCGAUUAUCUGAAAAACUCCUUCAAAGUAGGAACUUCAGAACCUUCAAAACAUUUGUCAAGAAAAUGCAUGCUGAUCUGGAUUACUGUCCUGAAUACGAAAAACCAGCUCCCCUGGGCAGAUCAAAAAGGGCAUAA